AUGAUAAAUGAAAAAUCAAAAAAUAGAAAUUAAUUUCAUUGCUAUACUAAGGAUUACUCAAUUAGUCUAUUCUUUCUUUUUUAAGUAAUAAUUAACAUACUAACCAUCACUUAUGAUACUUAAGGACAACUUAUUUCAGUAAUCAUUUGUUCGAUUAAUGGAUUUCUUGCAUUGUAAUAAUUAUUUUUGCCAAAGGAAAAAGCUAUUGUUUAUAAAUAAAUUUGUGUGCUUUUAAGUAAAGUUGCUACACUAAUACUUAUAGUUAUUAUUGGCUCUGAUUUGUCAAUUAUAAUUAUAGCAUUAUUCGAACGUUUAGAUUCAUUAUCAUCCAGAAAUAGUAUAUUUAAACAGUUUGAUCAUAUACUCUUAAGAUUUAUUGCUCUCAUUAUCAUGAUAUUUAAUUUCAAUUUAUUUUUAACAAUAACACUGGCAUACACAAUUUUGAUUGAAAUAAAUAAACUUAUAAUAGAUAAUUCUAAUGAGAAUAAAUAAUAUUAAUACAAUAUUACCAGUAAUUAUCAAAAUACAAUCAAAGCCACAGAUUAACAAUGGAAUUAUCGCUUAAAUUUAAUUCCAUAAUGUUUUAUGGUUAUAAGUUUACCAAAUCUAAAAAUAACUUAUAAAAAUAAGUUCCUUUACACUUAUUUUAAAUAAUGCUAUGAAAAUGAUGAUUAAUUAGAUGAAUUAAUAUUGCAUAAAUUAUAAUUCAGUAUAAUACAGGAUAGAAUUGAUAAAAUAAAAUAAUUAUAUUAGAAACCAAAAAUUAACUAAAGAUAAACAAAGAAAUAAAAUAUAUGGCAAUAUAAAAGUGAUUCUAUAUCUCUAUAUCAUUCACCUUAAUAAAAAUAAGAAUAAUCAAAAGGGGGAGAUUCACUAGAACUUUUAACAACAUCUUAAUAAUCAAUUUUUGAUAUUUUGACAAACAUAAAGUAAUUUACUGUCUCAGAUAAAAAAAUGUUUGGCCAUCAUAUUGAAAUUUAUUCAGAUCAAAGUUGGUAAUCUUUUACUGUAAAUUAUAAUUAUUCAUUUUAACCAAAAAAGCUUUAACUUUCUGGACACAUAACAUUUUCUGAAUAAGAAGGUGAAGUUCUACUCACACUUACUGAUAUUUCAAAAUAAAAUGAAUUACAAGAAUUAAUAUCUAAUUCUGAGUUUAAAUCAAAGGUAUUUCUUAAAAUAUUAAUUAAGAUUAUAGAAUCAUUUUCUCAUGAAUUAAGAACUCCAUUAAAUAGUGCUCUAAAUUUUCUUGUCUCUUGUCUAUACGAUUAAGAAAUUAAAACUUACAUUAAAGAUGAUUAUUUAUAACCAGCUAUCAAUUCAUUAAAAUUGCAAUCAUAUAUAAUUAGUGAUAUAAUAGAUUUAUCAUAAAUAUCAACUAAUAAUUUUAUACUCUCUGUUAGAGAAUUUUCCAUUAAAGAAAUUCUUAAAGAGAUAAUUUUAUUGUUUAAAACAUAAUUUGAAAUGAAAAGGAUAGAAUUAAGGAUUAAUUUACUUGAAUGUACUACUAAUAAAUUUACAUCUGAUUAUUUAAGACUUAUUUAAAUAAUAGUAAAUUUAUUAUAGAAUUCUUUAAAAUUUUCUUUAGAAGGUGUUGUUGUUUUGUAAAUAUCAACUACCUAAAAUUAAGGAUUAAAAAUUUGUGUUUCAGAUUAAGGUAUAGGAAUAGAGAAUGAUCAUCUUAAUUAAUUGCAAUCACUUUUAUAAAAUAUUGAAUAAUACAAAAAUAUUUAGUUAAAUAAAACUUGGUAAGGAUUUGGUUUAUUAAUUUCUGCUAUUUUAGUUAAUUAGUUAGCACCAAAAGAAAACAAAUUUUUAUAAAUUAAUUCAUCUGGACAUGAUCAAGGAUCAUAAGUUUGGUUUUUCGUUGAAAAUUAACAUAAAAUUGAGAGACCUAGAUAAAAUACAUUAAGAUAAAGUUCUUCUAGAUUUUAAAGUUCACAUGAAGGGGAAUAAUUUAAUUUAGAACUAAAUUGUGCUUUAUUUUAAGCAACAGAUUUUAUUAAUAUAGAUCAUUUAAAAUAAUCUAGUUAAAAUGUCAAAAGAAAUGAAUCUAAUAAAAAUGAUUUUAAUGGUACUGAUAGUUAAUCUUUUGAAUCAUUAUAAUUCAAAUUAGGAUAACUUUCACCUCUUUCACCAUCUUUGAUUACAGAAAAAUUAUUUAAAUUUUCAAAGUAAGUUGAAUAUGUAAAUAAUCAUUAAAACUUAAAAAUGAUAAUUGAAGCAGGAUAGAAAGAAGAAUAAGAAUUUUUGAAACUGUUAUAAAAAAAGAAAAAAUGUUCUUGUUAAAAUUUGUUGUCAGUUGAUGAUGAAAUUUUUAAUUAGAAAUCUAUUCAAAUUUUAUUGGCCAAAUUAGGUUUUAAUGUUUUAUUAGUAAAUAUAUAUAUAAUAUCAAUUAAGGCAUUUAAUGGAGCUGAAGCAAUUAGAAUUGUUGAAUAAGCAAUCCCUUGCAGUCCAAAAUGUUAAUUAUUUACUUUAAUUUUGAUGGAUUAUCAAAUGCCUAUAAUGGAUGGUUGUACAACAACUGCCAAACUUAAUGAAAUGAUGAAUAAAAAAUAAAUCCCAAAAAUACACAUCAUAGGAUUAACAGCUUUCACUAAUGCUACUGAUAUUUCUAAUUGUAUAAAAGCAGGCAUGAGUGAUGUACUAUCAAAACCUCUUAAUUUAAAAGAGUUUAAAGAAAUUUUGACUCUUGUUUGA